GAAUAUGAGGAAGGAAUACUAUUAUACUAAUGAAGAAAAAAACUAUAUGAUUUGUGUUCUAAAAGUUACUGGAAAAUUUUGAAAAUAUGCCUGUUUUAAGUGUUUUUUCUGCUGUGUUACAAUAGCCGUCUGUUAUGAUGUUGGAUUACGAUGAGUGUAAGUUUUUUUACCAACAAUUGAUUAUGGCUGAUGAUCGACAAGUUCUCUUUGAUUACUACACUAAAAAAUUAGAACAUAUUGGAACUGAUUCUAAUUCCUGUGAUAUGUUGAAUAUAAUGCCGAACAGUUAUGGUUUUAACUCUUUUCCGCCAGGAAUUAAUCCGAGUUUUCCAAAUGAGCCAGUUCUCAGUAACAAGUUCGCUAUGUUUUUCGUAGACACCAUCCCUUUAAUUACUGGCUACCCGUCUGUUCAAAACACUCAGACAUCCAGUCAAGUUCAUAUUUUUAAUGAGCAAUCUGGAGAUUUGGAGGUUAAGGAUUCUGUGCCUCUUAUGAAAGAAUCCCAUUUGAAUGAAUUAUGUCCAACAAGUUCUUCAGUGAUAUUUUCUCAUAAUGAUUCAAAACCAAGUGGAUGGGAUUUUAAUUCUAUGAGGAAUAAUGAGAUUCCUUCUGAAUUCAGAUAUACUAGUAGUCUAAACAAAAAAGGUAUUCCAUUGCAGGCCGAGCGAUUAUUUAUUUGUGAUGAUCGUAACAUAGUAUCUUAUAAUUCGAAUAUUUAUUCUCACGAUAAAGAAUUAACCAGCGAAACAAACUUUGAAAAUAUCUUGCAUGAACCAAAUUCUCUGCCACUAAACUUGUCCAAAUCAAAGAGAGUUAAUGAUAAUUCGACAGAAAUAGGCGAAACUUGUGGUUCUACGAAUUCAAUACCCAUGACAGAUAUUCCAAAUAGCAUUUUAAAAAAAGAAUUUAAUGAGAGUGAUUCAUUUAAUCUGUAUAAUCCACAGAUGCCAAACAGUAGUAUUGCAUAUAUUUUUCCGUUUGAUCCAAACACUUUUGACAGAAUGAAUAAACCUCUCGGUUCUUUGGAAGUAGAUAUGAAACUAUCUGUUGCAAGCAAUGGAACAAAUUUGAUUUCCCAAGACGAGGUGAGAUCAUUUCAACACGCACAAUUUCUUAAUCAACCUGAUGAGAAUAUCGAUGAAGAAUCUUUAAAUAUUGAAAGUCAGUCAAAACGUGACAAGGAUAAAUCUUACAACACUUGGGAAAAAAGAAAUUCUCUGAAAGAGACGAAGCAAUGUUUUCAUACAGACUUCAGAUAUAACAGAAUACCGGAAUUAAAUGGAAAAGCACACUCUGAGAGCGGAUGUGAUUUUGAAUCGAUAUCACCAAAACGAAAUAUAUGUCCGUCACACUAUCUGGCAAAAUCAAAAGCCGUUAAAGUUACGCAAUUAUUUAAAGAGAACCCUGUAAAUAACAUCUGCUCUUGUGGUGUUCAGCAAGUGAAAAGUACUCUACCCGAUUUAUGGACUAAAAAGGCAAAACCAGUUUCAAAGAAACUAGUGGAGAAAAAUUACAAGGCCUUGCAAAAAUCGACAACAGCAGAUAAAAAAAUGGUUGCACAAGGAAAAAACAAGAAAUCAAAAUCCAACUACAGGAAAAUUUUAAGUGACAUCCCCAAACAAAAUAAUCGUUUUUCUUGUCCAAGCAAAUUACUUGCCGAAAACGUACACGGUGUGCAAAGGAAUAAAGCAAAAAGGAAGAAACCUGUAAACCGUAGGAAUAAUUUAAAUGCGUUAGAACAUAGAAAUUUACACGGUACGUCAAGAACUCGAAUUUUAUCAAAAGAUCAAAGUCUCUCUGAUAAAAAUAUUCCGACAGAUGAAGUGUUUGAUAACGUAAAACAUAAAAAGAUAAAAAAUCUGAAUGAGAAAUUAUUGAACGUUCGUAAUAUUUCUCGACACAAAAUAUGCCAAGGUACUUUUUCAGCUUCCAAGACAGACACUAGCAAAACAUAUAAAAAUUCUGCAGAAUGCAUACGUCAUCGAACAACGAAUUCCAAAGAGGCAGCGAAAAUGCUGGAAACGGUUUCAACAAAACCUUGCAAAAAGAAACUGAAUACCUAUCACAAAACUUGCAGCAUUGAUUGCCAAAUGAAUGAGAAAAAUAAUGCAAAUAAUCAUACAUAUAAUUAUAUUCACUAUAAGUCUGAUGGUUCUAUUGAUUUCCUUAAAGGUUAUACAGAGUGCUUUAACUGCAAGCAUCAUAUCAGAAAUUCAAAUCCUUAUGCAGCUACAUCAAUAUCAUCAGACAAUUGUUUUAUAAAAAAUUAUACAUUGCCAAACCAUUCGUUUAAUAUAUCAAACAAUAUUGAUAGCGACGGUUUUGAAAUAUUACAAGCAAAUGAUGAUUCUGAAUUGACUAAUAUAAUACAGUCAUCUUUGAUAUAUGACGGAAAUGAUAAUUUCGACCUUGUCAGUAAUAACAAUCGUUAUUAUGAACCGGUUUGUGUUAUGAACGAUAGUUCAACAUUUAACUCUAAUAAAGAGGUUAAUGAUUGCUUUACAAUCUCUGCCCCUACAAUUGAAACAUCAGGUAUCGAGAAUGAAAGCGAUUUCGUAAUAACAGACGUCUUCUCUUUGUCAGGUUUUUGGAAUUCCAUUUCCAGUGAAGUUCCAUACAUAGAAAACAACUGUUGGGAGCUGGGUUGUUAGAUGUGAAGAAAAAAAUAUAUAGUGAGGCUUUAUGAACAUAAGUAUCAAAUCUAGGAAGAGUGGAUCUGUCAGUUCAUAAUUUCCCGCUUAAAUACAUUUACGAGCAAUUUGGUUUCCAAUUGAAUUUUGCUUUGUUGUUAUUUAACCCUGGAUCAGCCCUGGUCAAGUAGACAUCUUAUCAAAAACAUAUUUGUUGAGACCAUUCCGUCUGUCUUGAAAUGUAGAGCUACAUCGUCCAAUGGGUUUUUGUUUAAGACUGUAUAGUGAGGUUUGAAGGAUAUUAUGCUGCUAUUUUCUAAUUUCAGGCUCGUCUAUAA